GAGAGUCGCACCUCGAUUUCCUGCAGCGUCCUCGAUAUCGAGCGCGCGAUGGCGUCGUUCGCUGACGGGGUCGAUGCCCUGGACGGCUUCAUCGAGGAAGCACUGCCGUCAGCAGAUGGGCUUGUCGGAACGGUAGAUGUGAUCAUCGAGAAGUUAAUUUCUAUUGGUAUGGCUGUGUGGCUGUAUCUAAAACCUCACCAAGUAGGCAUCCACCCUUCAAACAGAUAUGGAUUGGGCAUCGAGGCUUACGAGGUGCACAGGCUGGGGGCUAAGAUCGUGAGGAACAAAUUUAGUUUCGCGGCAACGGCUGGUUCAGUUUGCACCGAAGAUAAGAAUGGCACGAUUGCGCAGUAUACCCAGGAGUUUCAGAGAUCGCCGAAUCUGUUUGGCAAAUCCCCGCCCGAAUCGAUUCUCGCAGGGAGCGUGAGCUCUGGGCAUACAAAUCAGUUCCUGGUGGCUUGCUUAGAGAGAGUUGAGACGAAGGAGAAAACGUUGUCCGACAUCGACGGUCGCAUCAACACGGGGCAGUUCCAAAGCAAAUAUAAACAAGUGGAAAAGGCACUUGACACUGGGCUGAGGUGGUUGAUGGUGAAAAAGGAGGCAGAGGAACGCUGGCCAAAACUUCCAGGUUUGAUCCAGUCGGCAAAGCAGGCGACGGGCCAGGUGCAGAGUGAAGAAACGCAUUUCGAGCUCUUGCUUCACAUCCAGGCCAUUGCAUCCGAGCAGGGGCGCGACGGGUCCGUAAUCGACUGGGCGAGGGUGAAGACCGAGGCGAACAAAUCGGAAUCGAAGUACGUUGACGAUAUCGACGCAUGCGCUGACUUCGUGGCGAAAUGGUGUGCGCCCGCUGGGCGCCUGGUGGGCGGGUGCGUGUUCGAGACAUUGUGCAAGGCAAAGCCCGCGGCGACGGAGAUGAUGCCCCACCUGGUAAUGGCCGUCGUCAAGGCUCACGUGAACGCCCCCCCCGAGUCCGUGCAGAGUCGAAUGUGCAGGUUUGUGACCCGCUCAGAGAUCGCGUCCCUCUUCGCUAGCACGGAGGCGAGGUCUAAAGCGAUGGCAGCAGAGAAGACCUUGCGGCAUCUUCACAGCGUUCCCAGGCAGAUCGAUAUCGAUACGAUUGAACGCAUUCCGAUCAUAGGUAAGGCCGACCAGUGGAUAGCAAUGGUGUUGUUAGGGAAAAUGUUGGAUGAGCGAUACGCAAACAUCGAGUGCGUCGCUCACGGGUGCAUCGAGGCAUUGAAGGCAAAGCAAAAUGGUACCAUCGAGAUCGACAAUCCGUAUACCUGCCAGUCGGCCCAGCACGACAGCGGUGCCGAUGGGGACUCCGUCAAGCAGACCCCCUUCAGUGGCAUGCUGCAGCACGACGCCAGCACGGGGGAGCUGGCGAACGCUAACAUCUGCCUCUUGGAGCAGAGAGGGUUUAAGGUUGAUGACACCAUCAGGCUGAGGAAGGUGAUGCAGAAUGGCUCCUUGCACCGCAUCGUUAUUCGGUGCCCCAUUCCAAAGUUCAUCGAGAAGUACUGCUUUACUUCAACCAAGAAAGAGUUGCUCGCUGGGUGGCCAGAUGACGCAGCUUCUAAAUCUACCGAUCUCGUCGCGAUCAACAUCAAGUCAGCAAUUGCUAUGGCCAUGAUAUCUUUGACAUCGAAAUUCGAAGCCGAUGGGGGCGAUCUGAUGGCAGUCAGCAAACCCAACAUGGGCAUUUUCUCUAGGAAGAAGUUCCAGGCGGAAAAGUUGAUCAUCGUGCCGACGGCUCUGACCGUCAAGCAGUGCGGCGAGAGCGAUCGCCCCUACUUCGAUGUGCCCAGCCCUGAUGAGAGGAUCGCGGGGCCCUUCGCCCUCUCGGACCCUGGCGCUAAAGCGCCGAGCCUUGCUUUCAAGAUCAGGCACGUGGACAGCACGGAGUCGACGAAGCCGAAUUGCGCCAUCACUAAGCACUCGGUGGCCGUUUCUGUGGGCAACGCUAAAGUGUACGAUAUCCAGAUCCCCGUAGUCACCAACGUCAUGGCUCUGAACGUUGGAGACGAGCUCACGCUUCCCAAGGUCGCGACCGCUGCCCCGCGGAAGAGGCCCACUCCGCCGACCAUCGAGGUGUCCACCAUGAAGAAAGUAGCGCGCAGCAGGACAUGGAAGAAACGAUUCAGGUCGAACCACGACGAGAUUCAGGGCACCACGGCGACGGUACAUGGCCCGACCAUGGGCGACAUCAAGGGCAUCCCUUUCAAGGUCAUUAUCGACAGGCCUGGGCCCCCCCUGUAUGUGCAGCUGGAGGAGGACCUCGUGGUGUACUUGAAGGCGUGCUGCGAGGUCGAGAUCAAGUCGGGAAUCGUCCACAGGCAGCAUCCGUCCGAGAAGGUUCCUGCUGAGCUCAAGGUCGACACUAAGGAUUAUCUGGGGCUGAGCUCCUCUUACACCAAGAGCCAGUUCGUGCUGAAACGUACAGGCGAUGACGGCCGUGUGAGCCUGAGGUACAGGACAGCGAGCUCCGCGGCGGAGGCGAUGCAGUUGUUCGAAUCAGCUCAGGCAGGUGAGGACUCUCAGAGCAAUGCUGGCACCUCCGACGGCGUUGCCGCCGACGACGAGAAAGAGGAGCUUGUCGAAGUCGAGGACGACUGA